GAAGUUCGGUCCCUAAUCGCUGUUCUUUAUCACAUCAAUAUCCCACCAUGUCAUUUGGAUGGUCUGCCGGGGAUAUUGCGCAGGCAAUAUCUUUAAUCGUUAAGGUUGUGAAAGCCCUUGAUGAUGGAAGUGGGGCCCCUGAUGAGUAUCGCAAAAUGGCUGUCUUCCUUGAGAGUGUUAAUCUCACACUAAAAAAUCUACAUGUCUUUGCUUCCUUGGGGGUAUAUCCUUCGAACGUAGACGAGAUACACAAAAUGGUUGAGAAUAUUCGACCACCCUUGGAGCGUUUUAUCGACGAGAUGAAGAAAUUCGAACGACACUUAGGUAGCAAUGCUACGCCCGGCUGGUGGAAAAACAUACCCCAAAAGAUGUUGUGGACUUUCAAGCGUUCGCAUCACCAAUUAAAGAAGGAAAUCAAGGAGCAUGCGUUUAUGCUCGACAAUCUUUUAAAUCGUUUCACAUUGGAGGUCGUCCUCAAUCUUCCCGAAGAAUUUAAACAAGUAUUUAUGAACACUCUUACACCUCAGAUGGUUUCAGUUCUUCAAGGAAUGCUCGAUCCUGUACGCAGCGAGAUAUCUAUAAUACGAAGCGAAGGGAGAGAACAACAUAAAGAACAGUACUCUAAAGCAGAGGAAAUCAUUCUAUUGCUGCAGUCGCUUAAUUAUAAGAUUGAUGCCUCCAAGCCUGAGAAUAAUGCCUCUUUGGAUGCUGCCGUUCGCAACAUAAAAGAGCACAUAACUAGUACUCUAAGAUCAAUGUCCAUCAAUUCUCAAAUGCCAAUCAUUAGCAGUUUCUCACAAAGGCCAUGUAAUGCCGAAUCACCUCCUGCAAGCAAUCUUUUGUUUCAAGCAAUGAACAUAGAUCCACUCGAAGCGAGCGACGAGGAGAUAAAACAAUCGCUACGAAAUAUAUAUUAUAGCAUUGUUCUAUAUGCAGGAAUGUUUUUGCGCAAUUUAUGUUUAUAUCUAGCCAACGGGUUAAAGCUAUCGAGGCCCUUGACACCCAAUCUUCUUGGGAUAUAUCACAUAACGUUUCAUGAUGCACUUGGCCGACCUCCAAGAGUUCUUCAAAUUGAUAUCUUCAAUAACUUUCAAAUCUUCCAGGUAUUUUUACACCAGUCUUUCCAUGAUACAAUAGGGAAACCCUGGGUAGAACGAGGGUCAUAUUUCCUCGCGAAUAGGUCAGAUAACGCUGCUUUGACGGCUGACACCUGGUCGCGUAUUGUUAAGCCAGGGUGCCACGUAGAAAUGGCCAUGUUGCUUGACUAUAUGAGUACAGCAGAGAAAAGAUGCCCAAACACCGGUUGUCCAGGCGUUCUAACCAGCAUAUCUGGAUCAACGCCGAAAAAAUGCUUAACAUGUCAAACCGAUAUACGUGAAUUCAAAGUUGCCGGCGCAAACGAGGGAUAUUGCACGCGUUCACUUGAACGGAGUAUCGAUCUAUUCAAGAAGAAAAAAUUUAGGACUUCUGAUACUGCAGAUUUGGACCGACGCGAUCAUCGACUAGCAGAGCCUCCGGCUUCGCAGGCUAAAGAGCCUUUGAAGCAACAAGACAAAUUCGAGUUUGAGGCACCGUUUUCCACCACGCAGUCUGAAGCUUCUUCUAGACUACAAAAUCCAGUAUUAAAAUUCGACAUCUUGCCUCCAGAUUUAUCAUUAAAGCAUACUCUAGAGCUACAAGACGAUAAACCGGGGCUUGGCAUGGAAUCUUCAACCCGACCGUUUAAGAAUAUCUCCAAACCACAAAAUCAGCCAGAAUCCAAUACAAAAACUCUGAAGAUACAGUCUAGACCAGAUUUACUACCCCAACAAAGCAAUUUGAAGUCCGAUACGGAGCCUUCAACUCAACCAUUUGUAAUAGCUUCAGAAUUGUGGAAAAGCCGUGUCUGUAUUUGGAGCUGUUGCUGGUGUCGAGAUUCUUCUGGAAACUACACAUCUUCAGGAAUAACAACUCAGAUUAUAAGUUGUCAAGCAUGUUGUCAUGUAAGGUGCGUUGAUUGUCAUGUUGAAUGGGUCGAAAUACGUCACCGGCAUCACGGUUAAUAUAUCACACCCAAAGAAUCUAACAACAACUGGCCAUUUCAAAGCGGAUGAAAUGAGUCUAACAUUUUCGACAUAUUAUCUUAUUUCCAAUAUACAAUAUUUGUUCUGAGUUUGGAUGGUGGGGGCUAACGUUUCAAUGUGCUUUAACCAAUGAAUUUAUAUCUCUAAAAUAACCGCAACCA